AUGUCUGAAUCUGAGGUGGAAAAGGAGAGAAAGACAGAACAAGAUGAUAUUGCAGCCACAUCAUAUGUUAAUGGACAAUACUCUAUUCCGAACUGCAUUGAUGUCUUGAAAAUUCUGAAGGACUCGAAAAUUCUUCGGGAUAAUAGUUUCAUUAGCUAUGCUUUAGAAUUGAUUAAAGAUAGGGAAAAUAGAGUCAUAGUUGUUUCUUUAAAAGAUCAGAUGGAUAUUUUGGCGAAUUGGUUACAAUUCAAGUAUAGAAAGGAUAGGAUACAACAUAAAGAAAUAUCAGCCAUUAAAGCUACACAAUCAGAAAUAAUUGAUGCCCUUGAAAUACAAUCUGCCACUAUUAGUGCAUCUGUAUUAAAAAUUGUGCCAGUUCAAUUUUUUUGCCAUCUCCAAGCACCAGCGUACUCCCAACGCCUCUGCCAAGCAAGGGUUCACAGCAAUGUCCUGUUUCUCGGUUGCAUGUCCUGUUUCUCGGUUGCUUGUAGCAAAGUUGCUCCAUCUCUAGAUUUGAUGACACAACUCCAUGUAGUAGGGCCAUUGGGGAAGCAACAUGCAUCAACAAAAGCACAAUACUACACAAUACUUGUCAGCUUAACCUGCGAGAACUCCUCCACCAAACUAGCCGCCCCGCACAAUCUCCACAGGCUUGAACUCCUUUUGUUGUAA